AUGGAUGCUGCACAUGCUCACACUUCGCAGAGCUCUGCUCUCUCGGCCGUUCCUACCGCAAGAGAUGAAACUGGGAGCAGCAGCAGCUGCAGUGCGUUGGAUUUCACCUCGCGCGCGACAGGACUGCGCGGACAUGCAGAGACUUAUGGUCUGGGGGAAGAGGACGUGUUGGGCAUAGACGUUGGCGACGACUCCGCCGCUGGUAAAAGCGGAGGAGGAUUUGGCGAUAGCACCGCCCUGCCAGCUCCAGCUUUUACCACAGNUCAGCCAUAAGCAGCAGAUCAAUUCAAAAACUGGUUCUGUGAAGGCUAGUUCCGGAGGCGUUUUGAGGGCAGGCCGGUCCCCUCCUGCCCUCGAGGGCAGAUUUCCGGGCGCCGCACUCCUGAAGAGGAUUUCCUGCUUCACUUCUCCCUACUCCCCUUGCGUGUCUAAUACAAGAGAUAAAACGUCUUCCCCUUCCAAGUUAAGGACAAAUACGAAGAGACGUUACACUGGGAGAGGCUGCUGGCGAGGAAGCCAUGUGGACGCGAUUUGGGUUGGGGAACCUCGGAGGAUGAGGAUGACGUGCUAGAUGCGAUGCGAGAGGAUGCUGCAGAGGAAGUCACUGCACGGCUAGCUGGGACCCACUUGGAUGGCGAUUUGGAGAAAGAAGAGAACGGGGGAGAUGAC